AUGGCAGUAGCCUCUGAAGGCACCUCUAUGGAGUACACGCCGACAUGGGCACUUGCCACUGUUUACUUCUUCUUCAUUUUCACCGCCGUCUUCCUCCGGUACUCCAUCCAUCUCCUUGCCAACGUACUGGCUCAGGAGGCAUCAAAAAGCUGCCUUGAUGCAGUUGAGAAGCUCAAAUCAGAGUUGAUGCUUCUGGGAUUUGCAUCACUUUUAUUGGCAGUAACCCAAGAUUCUAUAUCCAAAUUCUGCAUACCAGCCAAGCUAGUAGACACCAUGCUUCCAUGUCGCAAAAAGGUUGCACCCGAAUCAACUCGAAAAGAAGAAGAUGCUGAGCACUUUGGGGCAAGAAACUUCUCGACAGGAGCAGGUGGUUCGUAUGGUGAAAUUCAUUGGUUACUUGCAGAGGAAGCGGUUUCUGAUUCUUGCAGUGAUAGAAAAUUACCUUUCAUGAAAAAACAUUCUCUGCAUCAGCUUCACAUACUGAUUUUUGUGCUGGCGGUAAUGCACAUUGUGUAUAGUGUUCUCACCAUGGCUUUGGGAAGGGCCAAGAUGAGGAGCUUUCAAGCUUGGGAGAAAGAUGCUCAAGCUCAAACAAUGGGCCAGCACCAAGUCGCCCAUGAUCCAAAUCUAUUCAGAUUUACAAGGCAAACAACAGGUGGAAGACGGGACAUGAAUUCCUGUACAGAGAAUAGAGUUCAGCUAUGGAUUAAAUGUUUUUCCAGGCAGUUCUACAACUCAAUAGAAAAAGCUCACUAUCUCACCUUGAGACAUGGCUUCAUAUCGACUCACCUGUCAAGCAGGCACAACAACUUCAAUUUCCAACGGUACAUACAGCUAUGCUUGGAGGAAGAUUUCAGGAUUAUGGUUGGCAUCAGCCCUUUAAUGUGGUUUCUAGCAGCUGCUUUUAUGCUGUUGGAUGUAUAUGGCUGGUAUGUGUAUCUCUGGAUAUCCUAUGUUCCAAUCUUGGUCGUUCUGGUGUUAGGAACCAAACUUGAACACAUUGUUGCAACAAUGGCUCUUCAAAUUAAAGAACAGAACAGUGCAGUUUCCGAAACACCUCUUGUUCAACACGAUGAUCGCUUCUGGUUUAGGAAACCAAAAUAUGUCUUGGUGCUGCUACAUUAUACUCUCUUUGUGAAUGCUUUUGAGUUUGCCUUCUUCAUUUGGGUUACAAUCCAGUUCGGGUUGACAUCUUGCUACCACGAGCACACCGUGAUCAUUGUUACAAGGGUUUUCUUAGCGGUGACAGCCCAAGUCCUCUGCAGCUACAUCACUCUCCCUCUCUAUGCACUUGUGGCACAGAUGGGCUCACAAUUCAAAAGCCAUAUACUAGAAGAUAAAACAGCAGACAUUUUAAGGAAAUGGAGAGCUGAGGUGAGGCAUACAAGGAAGAUGGAACAACAACUUUCACAAUCUGAAGUCACAUCUUUCUCCACAGAAUGGAGCUCCAUGAGAAAGAGUCUAACUAGUACAGAAGUCCCUUCUAAUACAAGGCAGGCUUCCAAACCAGCUCAAAGUAUCCAGUUGUUGUCUAGCAGAUGGGAGAUCAAACAUGAAAUAGUAGAACAAGAGGGAAGCUCAUCAAGGGCUUAG